ACUUGAACAACUGACAGAGUUAGACCACAUUCACAUGGUGUCAAGCCACCAGUACUGGAUAAAGCUAGUUUUUGAGCAGGACUGUAAAUCCCGGAUUCCUUUGGCACUCUGGACAUGGUAGGCAGAGAGGAGGUGGUGGUGAGCAGAACUGAAGCCAAGAUGCAGUUUCAACACCCCGCAUUGACUCAUUUUAGGCGCUAUCCAAAUGCAUUUCGGGGCAAACGUUUAAAGCCAUCACUCUACAGGAAAAAAUCCAGAGAUCCCAGCCCCACCGAGAUGAGCGUGGAGCCCUGGGCCAGCACACGGGACCAGGCAGCCGCUAAACAAGCACACAGCCUACACGACCCACCUUCUCAGGACCAGGAGACGUUCCCUGAUAAAGUGUGUGUGGAAUCAUUCUGGCAUGAGGUUGAGACCAUCCAGCGGGGGAGCGGUGACACAGAUCUCGACAGCUGCAGAAGAGACUCCAGACACUCAGAAGAGGGAGAACAAGAGGAGCAGUGGCUGGCUGACGCUGGCUUGUCAACCCUUAUCAGCGAAGACAGCGAGGAUGUAGACAAGGCGGUGCUGCUGUCCACUCUCACCAAGACGCAGGCGCUAGCUGUUCAGCGUCGACUCGAUUCCUACACACUGUCUAGACGUAAAAAAAACAAACCGCCACCUCGUGACGUUCGGGACAUCUUCAGCUCCCCGAUCGCUCAGAGCCUGCUGCCAGAAUCUGAGAAUAACGAAGACCUCACGCAACACAGCAUGGCGUCAGUUGCCAAAAUGCCACUUUCAGCCAUGACUUUAGAGCAUCACCGAGGUGCUCCUAAAGAGGAAUUCCUGAUAACGGACAUCGCUUACUGCGAGCAGGCCGUCAUCUUCAUUAAACAAGCCAAAUUUCCACAGAACAACACCCAGCACAGGAAAGAAGACGGCUCGCUCCCUCGGGUGAUCUGCCCCAAGUGCCGUCUAGGAGUGACUCGGAUUCAGGAUCUCUCCCACGCUGACAUGAAGAAGGUGCGUCAGCUGGCUCUCAUCGACAUGACGGCACUGUGCGACCUUUUGGAGGUGGAGGUGAAACGGCACAAAACUGUAAAGAGAAAAACCCCAGAGAGCACACUUUUCGGGGUACCGCUGGCCAUGCUGCUGGAGAAUGAUCAGAAAGUGAAGCCAAGCGUGACGGUGCCUCUUUUCCUGCAGGCGUUGUUAUCGUUUCUCGAGAAGAAAGGAGUCGAUUCAGAGGGGAUCCUGAGGGUCCCUGGAUCUCAGUCCAGGAUAAAGCUGCUGCAGCAGAACCUGGAGGCCAACUUCUACUCGGGACGCUUCAACUGGGAUGAAGUGAGUCCAAAUGAUGCUGCUGCGCUCCUCAAGAAGUUCAUCCGAGACUUGCCUGAUCCUCUGCUCACCACUGAGUACCUCAACACUUUCAGCGCUGUCAGAGACAUCACAGAGCUGAGACAAAAACUUCACAUGCUGAACCUGCUGGUCCUGCUGCUGCCUGAGCCCAACAGGAGUACACUGAAGGCUCUGCUUGAGUUCCUCAAUAAGGUGGUUUCCAGGGAAAAAAGGAACAGGAUGAACCUGUGGGCCGUUUCAACCAUCAUGGCUCCAAACCUUUUCCUUCAUAAGGCCGUCCCGAGCCGACUGACUGACGGGGUGGAGAAAGGACAGGCGGAGAAGGCGGCUGACGUGAUGAGGCUCCUCGUUCGUUACCAGGACCUACUCUGGACAAUCCCUAAUUUCCUUGUAAGUCAGGUGCGCAGGCUGAACGAGAACAGCAAUCGGCGUUACCAGUUCUACGAUCGCCGCUUCAAAAAUCUGCUGAAGAAAAUCCAGCCGGAGAGCCGAGAAAAGCCUGAGAAAAACAAAUCAGAGCUGCGGCGCACAGUGAAGAUCCAGGUGGGAGAUCUGGUUAACUCGAUGGAGUUUCAGCUCGGCAUCAACACUCGAACCUCCGACCUGCUCGAACAAUUUCAACGGCAGUUCUUCCGCAGCCCCACCAAUGGAAAGGGAAAAAUGCGAAGAAACGGCUCGGUCACAUAUCCGGACUGCGCUCUUUAUGAAGUGGGAGGGAAUAUCGGUGAGCACUGUCUGGACUUGGACACACACCUAAUGGACCUGUACAACUGUAACCCCGCAGGAGAAUGGGUCAUCAAACUGAAACCCAACGGAAGCAGAUGGGUGUGACCUGAAGCCUGUGGGACAAAACGUGAACUGAUGGAGGAACAGGUUUCAGAAGAAAGAGAGACAGAUUUUUCCAACCUCUUCAUGUCCUGUUCAGCCUCUGAGCAACAAGCAGGAGAAAGACAGAUGGAUGAAACAGAUCAGUGGAGGAUCUGCCUGAAGCUGAGCCUAGAAGUGCAGAUCCCUUCAAAACCAACUGCGCUUUGUCUUCCAUCCUCUACCUUUUUAAGUCUUUCUUUCCAUCUUCAUUCUCC